CUCGUCAACAAGUUUAUUCCAUACGAUACAAAAAAAAGCAGCAAGAAAAGUUUCACUGGAGAGAUACGAUAAAAAUUUGUUGACAAAAACAUUUUUUUCUCAAUCGUAAGCGCUUUUUCGUCGAAUCUGCGUGGUUUGUUGGUGAGAAAAAUAGAACAAAAAGAAAGGACAAAUAGGAUAGAAAAAAAAGUCUAAAAUAUUCAAGUGGAAAAAAGAGUUGGAAACACUUGAGACGUGAUUUAAAAUGGCAGAAGGCUGCGGGAUGAAUUGUAUAAAAUAUCUCGUAUUCAUAUUUAAUUUCCUGUUUGCUUUGACUGGAUUAGUCACCAUUAUUGUUGGUGCUGUUAUUCAAAGCUCAUACCAUCAUUACGAGUUCUUUAUCGGUGAAACAUUUUGGACAGCUCCAAUCGUUUUGAUUAUUGUCGGAUCAUUGAUAUUUGUUAUCUCUUUCUUGGGAUGUUGCGGUGCAUUGCGCGAGUCAAGUUGGAUGAUUUUAACUUUCUCAGUGUUUUUGAUGUUGAUCUUCAUCACUGAGAUUGGAAUUGGUAUUGCCGGCUACAUAAAACAUGGCGAAUUGCCAGAAAUUCUUGAAGGUCAGUUUAACAAAACUUUGGAUGAAUAUACGAAUUCUGUGGAAGCUCAACAUGCUUGGAGCCUCGUACAAGGAGAGUUGGAAUGUUGUGGAAUUAAAGGUCCGAGCGAUUGGCGACCGAUAUUUAAGAAUAAAACUGUUCCUGCGAUGUGCUGUCAUUUGCUUCCCAAAGAUGUAAAACAAUGCACAACUGACCACGCAUCUAAAAUUGGAUGUCUACCAAAACUUUUAGAAUUCUUGGACAAGAAGUCACUUCUACUUGGUGGUGUUGGGAUCGGCAUUGCUUUAGUUCAACUCAUUGGCGUCAUAUUUGCAUGUUGUUUGUCAAGAGCUUUUCGAGAAAAUUAUGAAACUGUUUAA